UCAUUUUACUGGUGUUAUAAUGCAGGUCUAAAGCAGCCUUCAGAGAAACAGCUCCUGCUGGUAGCUAACGCCCACAUGCACUGGGAUCCGGAGUACUCGGAUGUGAAGCUCAUCCAGACUAUGAUGUUCCUGUCUGAGCUAAAGAGCAUCGCUGAGAGGGCAUCGGGAUCCAUCAACUCUGCAUCACCCACGUCAGACAUCAGCUCCAUCCCUAUCGUCCUGUGCGCUGACCUCAACUCGCUUCCAGACUCUGGUGUGGUGGAGUAUCUGAGUAAUGGUGGAGUUGCAGAAAAUCACAAAGACUUUAAGGAACUGCGUUACAGCGAUUGUCUAACCAACUUCAGUUGCAACAGCAAAAAUGGAAAGCCCGAUGGCAGUAUCACGCACAGUUUCCAGCUGAAGAGUGCCUAUGAGGGGAAUCUCAUGCCCUACACCAACUACACUUAUGACUUCAAGGGUGUGAUUGACUACAUUUUCUUCUCUAAGACACACAUGCGUGUUCUGGGUGUUCUGGGUCCACUGGAGACUCAGUGGCUGAAGGACAACAGCAUAACGGGCUGCCCCCACCCACACAUCCCUUCCGAUCACUUUUCCCUCCUGGCUCAGCUGGAGUACCACCCGCCCUUACCCCCCCUCAACGGGCUGCAUCUGCCUGUCCACAGCAGUACUGCCUGUGAAAGCAAGACGCUUACAGAGUGAGCCAGCACCAGCAUCCAUCCCAGCACCCUUCCAUCCACUCGUCCAUUCAUCUGUCCAUCUCUUCUCUUCACCAGAGAGACACGAUGACUACUAAAGUGGCCGUGAUCCAGUUAUAAUGUUGUUGUUAUUAAAACAUGUCAUGGUCAGCAGUGAUAAGCCAAUUUGUUUUGCAGAAAUGGCGGGAUCUUAAAUCUUUCUGUUAUGAAGUUGAGAAAAUUACCAUUGUUUGCCUGGUUAGUGGAAGCAGUAUUUUUGUUUUUUGAUGGAUACUUGUAUAUGUUCUCCUCACAAAAAUUCCCACUGAACAUGCUGAAAUAUUUCCUCUUGGCAAAUGGUCUAACUGGACAGUUAUUUUAAUCCAGACUGACGAACAAGCAGUAUUUUUAAACUAGUAAUAAGCAUGUGGAAAAUAAAAGUAGUCUCUCAUUGAAUGUGUAUUAUGGCAACAGGGCUUGAAGUGAGUCUUGAUGACAAAUUCAAAUUAAUGAAGGUCUUGCAUGAUUGUAAGAUGAUGUAAAGCAUUGUUUUGCCAAGAACCUUAGAAUAUCCAAAAACGAGCAUUUCCCAAUGUGAUGAUAAGGCUUUAUCACUGGAUUUUCUCAAUGACUUUGAGACUUUUUUCAUGCAGUUUCUCCUCAGCUGAGGAAUACACAUUUUGUAACUCUUAUUUAGUCUAUAAACAUAUAUGGUGAUAAUAUGGGGAAAAAAGCUUUCUGUUUGCAAAUGUAAAUGGUGCUACAUGUGGCCCACUUGUAAAACAAGACAUUCUCAGUCUUGUUCUAGUCUCCCACCUUAAAGGCAAUAAAGAU